AUGAGCUUGCACCCUCCGAAGUUUCAUGGGAAAGGCAGUGCGGACGAUGCUGAACAGUGGAUAAUAGAAACUGAGGAGAUCUUUACCACCCUCGAAGUGCCUGACAACAAGAAGGUUCGAUAUGGAACUUUUAUGCUAAAAGGAGAUGCUAAGGAAUGGUGGCGGACGCAACGUGAGGUGAAGUUCGCAAAUCACGAAGCGACCUGGGGAGAAUUCAAGGAAGCCUUCACACAUGCCUACAUCCCAACCUUCACACGGGAGAAACGCAUGCAAGAAUUCUUGGAGCUUCAGCAAGGGAGUUUGAGUCUGCACGAAUACGUCGUCAAAUUCAGACAUCUGGAAAAAUAUUGCCCCCAUGUAUAUACUGCUGAUGCGGACCGAGCAAACAAGUUCGUCAGAGGACUUAAAGACGGGUUGCAGAACCAAGUAAUUAGUAGUCGUCCAAGAGAUCUAGACGACGCUAUCGACAUGGCCACACGUCUUGAGGAAGGCUGGAACAGGAUGCAUGGGACAGAUAGAAAAAGUGAAUCUCUGCGAUCCAAGUCGAGGCCAGACAUACGCAGUGACAAGGUGAACCAAGGGGAUAGAUUCAAGAGACAGAGGCCAUCAACAUCUAGGCAGGACGAUGAAUGUCCCACAUGUCAUCGCCAACACCCGGGCAAACCAUGUUACAGAGAGGUCGGGGCAUGUCUCUAUUGUGGAAGGCGAGGACAUUUUAUUCGUGAGUGCCCGAAGAAGAAAGAGGCAGAACAGGGGCGAGGUGCAGCAAACCAACCAGUAGAGAAGAAGGUGGUCGCUGGAAAAGAAUCAGAAGAUCAAGAAAAGGGAUUGCGAAAGAGGAACAAGAAGGUUGUGACAGACUUUGACAGGUAUGGGAAAUUUCAGUUAUGA